CACAUCCUCACAAAAACGAAAUUCGUGCAUUGCUGAAAUAUAUCGCUGCUUCUGGUGUGCAUAUUAUUAUAUUGAAAAAUAUAUUUUUGAAAGCAUAACCAGUGAACAUCAAUAACAUCUCGUCUCGGCUAUUUAGAAAGACCGCGAAUCAUAAUAUCUAUGAUGUAAGCGGCUGUUCCGGAAACGGCUGAUUUUAAACGCGGCAGAAAUGGCAGACGAUUUAAUGUAUUUCUUAAUCCAGUGGGAGGAUCGCUUUAUGUCCGUCAUCGACAUAAAUCACAUCGUCAGACCAGUAAAGAACAAGUUUGCCUACAAGGAGGGAGAGAUCAUUAGGGCGCAGUUUGGCAAGAAAAACAGCUACGAAGCUGUCAUCUGUGAAAUACAUCUUACUAUUGUUGAAGACAGUAAGGCUGGACAUCUUCUCGUGAAGCCAAGACCAGAAAGUAUUACCGCAUGGAAACUGACAGUGUUAAAAAAGGUAUUAUCUAGGUUUAUAUACAGGGUUUUGUUGUGUACUUCUGGAUAUGUACUACCCUGUCUGUACUGUAUGUUCAAUGUCUGAGCUAGGUACAUGGCAAAAUUAAGUUUGUCAGACUAUAUAUAAUACUGGUAGUU